UUUGACCAGGCGCAGAUUGUCAUGUUGGACACAGCAGCCAAUACAUUUGAGAUUAAGGGAUUGAGGCAGAUCUCCAUCCUCGGUAAGGAGGAGAAGUAUGCCUUUAUGGCUGUGGUUGGCAUGUCAGCAUCAGGUGAUGUCCUCCUGACUCAUUUUGUCUACCAGGGUGCUACCAAGUGCUCUGUUCCCGCCCCAAGUGCACCAGGCAAAGACAAAGCA